CUGAGAAGGAGGGAUAGAGAGAGAGAGAGGGGAGCAAAGGAGAGAGGCCAUAUGAAACCAGCAGAGCAUAAGCCACGCUUUAUCCUGCCAGUCUGUCCCGCUCUGUGAGCACAGGAAACACGCGACUCCCCCAGCCCUCACUCACUCAUUCAUCACUCUCUUUCACACACUUCUACAGACACACACACAGCGGCUCACCAAGGACUGGAGGAUGGCUGUGUCCAUGAGAAGAAUGAAUGGGUCCUGGAGAGGGAUGGCUCUAGCCCUGCUUCUCUGUACUCUGCUCCUACACAAUGAAGUUCACUGUCAAGAUUCCAUUGAUACACCUUAUACAUCCGAUGCCAAAGAUGCCCCGGAUGCUGCACCCACAGACGCCCCGGAUGCUGCACCCACAGACACCCCAGGUGCUGCACCCACAGACACCCCAGGUGCUGCACCCACAGACGCCCCAGAUGCUGCACCCACAGACACCCCGGGGGCUGCACCCACAGACGCAACAGGAGUCACAGCCCUCGCAGACGACACUCAAGGUACUGAUGCCACCAUCGAACCCCAAGCCCCUGUAGACGACAAAGCCACUACCGUCGCUAACUCCACAGCUGACAACACUGCUGGGACCAGUACUCCAGUACCAGACCAGGACACUGCCUUCACCUCCAUGGUGCCAGAGCAUGACCCCUUAGCCACAGGUGACACCUCUGGCACCACAGCUGGACCUGGUGUUGACACACAGGGCACUGAAGCUACUGAUGACCCGGGUGCACCUGUUGUGCUACUGGGGCAUCAGGCCCCUGUUUUUGUUCUUCCCAUUGUUGAGUGUGUGGACAAGGAGGCAGUGAAGGACAAGGACACAGUCAAGGUGGAGCUUUCUUCAGAAACUAGCUGUUCAGUGACCAAGAGAAUCAUGGAGGAUUCAGCCUGGUGCACAGGAGACUGCAACCUUAAACUGUUCCAGGAGGAGAACUCUAACACACUGGUUUUGACACGCGCUAAUGGUGGAGUCAAAGAAUUGUCAGAGAGCCUGAACAGCCAUGCCAUCAAGGGCCAGCUGGGUGUGGUGGAGGCAGCUCCUCAGUGGGGUAAACACUCUUCCACCGUGCUGGUGCCUCUGCUCAUCACUGGCCUGCUGUUGGCUGCUGCCCUCAUCGGAGGCUCCUGUCUGAAGAAACACUGCAGACACAACGCCAAGGGCAUGAGGCUGGCUGAGGAUGCGUACCCAGUGGAUGAGGAGAACCAGGGGAACACCCUGAUGUCUGUGGCUCCUCUCAACCCCCUGGAGACCCGGGAGAAGCCUGCUAACGGUGAUUCCCAAGAGGCCGCCAAGACCCAGCCCCCUCCCACCAACGGCCACUCCACCACCAACUUGGCAGACACAGAGCUGUGAAGACCCCCCUAGAACCCUUGGAGAAGAAUGAAACUUACCCCCCAUCUCUCCAACACCAACCCUUCCCUUCAGAACACGGCAGAACUCCAGCGACCCCAUCCUACAGUGGACAUCAAGGACAAAAACUGCCCCUCAUAACCCCAAUAAACCCAAUAACCCCCACAUAAACACUCCUUCAGACUCUCUAUGUCCCCCACUUUGGCUACAUACAACUCCAUGGUAAAGACAGAUAAGAUUGAUGAUGAUAAGGCUUGAUACUAAUGUGAAUGAUGAUGAUAAUAAUGAUGCCGAGGGCUGUAUCCCUGUCCCUUGGAUGCUUUCGUCAUUCAGGCCUGGAGGUUGGGCUGAGGCAGGACUGGGUGGGGAGGGAGGGUUUUACGUUGUUAAUCCCCACUGGCUCCAGGACGGCAGCUGGGGUCCCAUCAACCACGUCAUCUGCCCUGCCUGCACGUCAUCAGGUUUAAAGCUUCCUUCCAAAAAUCCGUUAACCAUAAAUAGAAGCAAAGCUUCACGUUGAAUUCAAAUUUGUCCUUAGACCUUAGUUGAUCGCAAAAAUAAACUAACAUCCUUAAAUCUGUUUACAAAGUUCUGAGUGGAAUAAAGGAGCGCUCUGAGCUUGUUUGUUCAUCUUUGUGCAUGCUUGUGUGUUUGUGCUUGUUUUUUGUGUAUGGGUGUGUAUUUGAGCUAGCAAUUGUGUGUGUGCGCAAGACUGUCUGCGUGCGUGUUUUUACGUGUGUGCACCAGCUAUACAUUUAUAUUUUUUUCUCAAUUUUGUAAAACGAGUAGACAAGGUGAUGGCUUAGGGAGUUAGGUCCCCUAGUAGUGGCGAGAAGAUGGGUCCUCUUUUGGUGCUUAAUCUCACUGCCAAUCUGUAGGAGAUGAAGCAGGAAAUAAUUCUCCCCUUCAUUACUGCAAGCUGAACCCUGAUCAGCCAAUGCUCUGACAGGAGGUAGAAAAAGAAGAUCCACACCGUGUCACCAUGGCAACUGCUGAAAACCAUACCAGAAUGAUUUGUAUAAUGUCUGGGGCACAGUGUAGUGUAUAUAAAGAGGUCAGGUGUGCCAAUCCUUUAAAAUAAAUCAGUAUUAUGAUAUUUUCAAGACCUUUUGUAUUGGUAUAGAAUUAGACACUUAAUACAUACAGUAUUAUAUUGAACAAUGUUAUAUAAUAUGCUUCUGUUAUAUCAUGUUUUUGUGACUCUUGUGUACUCACACUUGCUUUGUUCUAAGCCACAGAAAUCAUUUUCACCAGCUUGCCAUGCAGACAUAAUGUAUAGGAAGGAGUGAUCACACCCAGAAAGUACUUGCAGCUUCUUUUUGUUUAAUUUUAAGUCAUAUGAAUUCUGAGGUUAAGGUAUUGUUUGGGUCUCUUUUAGUGUGUCUGAAACAUGUUUUUAGCCUAGUUGCCCAUAUACGCAGGUAGCCUAGUGGUUAGAGUGUUGGGCCAGUAACCGAAAGGUUGCUAGAUUGAAUCCCCGAGCUGACAAGGUAAAAAUGUCGUUCUGCCCCUGAACAAGGCAGUUAAGCCGUCAUUGUAAAUAAGAAAUUUGUUCUUAACUGACUUGCCUAGUUAAAUAAAUAAAAAAUAUAUACAUGUUGCUCAAUGCUUGGCAAUACAUUUUAGCAGAACUGCAUUUAAAACACAGCCCAAUCUAUUGUUUAAAAGUACACUCGGCAUGCAUAGCAGGGUGAUUUCUUGUUUAUAGACCUCUACAAGUAGAUGAAUCCAUGUAGUCCACCCUUAAAAUCAGGAACUAAGGGGAAUAUUACAAUUUCCAUUAUGCAUAACAUUACAUCACUGUUUUUGUUUUAUCUAACUGGAGGAAUUUGCCAUUUAAAAAAAAUAUUUGAGCACAUAAGUGUUACCUUACUUUCAUUUCUACUUUUCAGAAAUGUUCUAUAUUUUUAACAUCCCAAAAUUACUGUUUUAAUUCUACUAGCAUCCUAAAGUUCAAGAUAGGAAUCAAGUUUGGAAAAUAAAAUAAUAUUUUUAUAAAUGGACAUUUUCAUCUAAUUCCCAGGGCAAAGAAAAGUUGUAGGCCUCUUAACCAUAACUACAUGUAUCCACUGGAUAUCCUCAGUUGACUUCACUCGGUCUGUCGUCUGCUGUGUUGGAGGGAAUGUUGUCGUCUGCUGUGUUGGAGGGAAUGUUGUCGUCUGCUGUGUUGGAGGGAAUGUUGUCGUCUGCUGUGUUGGAGGGAAUGUUGUCGUCUGCUGUGUUGGAGGGAAUGUUGUCGUCUGCUGUGUUGGAGGGAAUGUUGUCGUCUGCUGUGUUGGAGGGAAUGUUGUCGUCUGCUGUGUUGGAGGGAAUGUUGUCGUCUGCUGUGUUGGAGGGAAUGUUGUCGUCUGCUGUGUUGGAGGGAAUGUUGUCGUCUGCUGUGUUGGAGGGAAUGUUGUCGUCUGCUGUGUUGGAGGGAAUGUUGUCGUCUGCUGUGUUGGAGGGAAUGUACAGUCGUGGGCAAAAGUUUUGAGAAUGACACAAAUAUUAAUUUUCAAAGUCUGCUGCCUCAGUUUGUAUGAUGGCAAUUUGCAUAUACUCCAGAAUGUUAUGAAGAGUGAUCAGAUUAAUUGCAAUUAAUUUCAGUCCCUCUUUGCCAUGCAAAUGAACUAAAUCCCCCAAAAAACAUUUCCACUGCAUUUUAGCCCUGCCACAAAAGGACCAGCUGACAUCAUGUCAGUGAUUCUCUCGUUAACACAGGUGUGAGUGUUGACGAGGACAAGGCUGGAGAUCACACUGCCAUGCUGAUUGAGUUUGAAUAACAGACUGGAAGCUUCAAAAGGAGGGUGGUGCUUGGAAUCAUUGUUCUUCCUCUGUCAACCAUGGUUACAUGCAAGGUAACACGUGCAGUCAUCAUUGCUUUGCACAAAAAGGGCUUCACAGGAAAGGAUAUUGCUGCCAGUAAGAUUGCACCUAAAUCAAACAUUAUCGGAUCAUCAAGAACUUCAAGGAGAGCGGUUCAAUUGUUGUGAAGAAGGCUUCAGGGCGCCCAAGAAAGUCCAGCAACCGCCAGGACCGUCUCCUAAAGUUGAUUCAGCUGCGGGAUCGGGGCACCACCAGUACAGAGCUUGCUCAGGAAUGGCAGCAGGCAGGUGUGAGUGCAUCUGCACGCACAGUGAGGCGAAGACUUUUGGAGGAUGGCCUGGUGUCAAGAAGGGCAGCAAAGAAGCCACUUCUCUCCACGAAAAACAUCAGGGACAGACUGAUAUUCUGCAAAAGGUACAGGGAUUGGACUGCUGAGGACUGGGGUAAAGUCAUUUUCUCUGAUGAAUCCCCUUUCUGAUUGUUUGGGGCAUUUGGAAAAAAGCUUGUCUGGAGAAGACAAGGUGAGUGCUACCAUCAGUCCUGUGUCAUGCCAACAGUAAAGCAUCCUGAGACCAUUCAUGUGUGGGGUUGCUUCUCAGCCAAGGGAGUGGGCUCACUCACAAUUUUGCCUAAGAACACAGCCAUGAAUAAAGAUUGGUACCAACACAUCCUCCGAGAGCAACUUCUUCCAACCAUCCAGGAACAGUUUGGUGACGAAAAAUGCCUUUUCCAGCAUGAUGGAGCAAAAGUGAUAACUAAGUGGCUCGUGGAACAAAACAUCGAUAUUUUGGGUCCAAGGCCAGGAAACUCCCCAGAUCUUAAUCCCAUUGAGAACUUGUGGUCAAUCCUCAAGAGGCGGGUGGACAAACAAAACCCCACAAAUUCUGACAAGCUCCAAGCAUUGAUUAUGCAAGAAUGGGCUGCCAUCAGUCAGGAUGUGGCCCAGAAAUUAAUUGAAAGCAUGCCAGGGCGGAUUGCAGAGGUAUUGAAAAAGAAAGUUCAACACUGCAAAUAUUGACUCUUUGCAUCAAAUUCAUGUAAUUGUCAAUAAAAGCCUUUGACACUUAUGAAA